AUGUUCUUCAUAGUUUCUAUCUCAAAAGACACACUAAAACUCGAUCACCAUAUGAAUCGAUUAGGUUACCACUUCCGACAUUCUAUUGUUGAAGAAGCACGCAAGAUUUUGAACCAGAGAGGCCAUCAUGAACAGGCCGCCUACGUACACGAGCCCGGAAAGCCUGAACCCAUACCGAGUUCACAGCGGGAGAUAGACCUUGAGGCUGAUGCAGUACUCAGAGAUCUUUUCCCCAGGAUACCCCACACUGACCGACAACAGAUCAUUGAUCACGCCUUUAAGAAAGACGGCAAGUUCAAUGGUGAAAUCAAAGUUGGUAUGGCCAAGGAUAUAACAUUGGCCCGUCGGGUCCAACUUGCGGCCCUUGCUCACAUCAGACAUACUCAUACCCGCUACGAUGAUCUAUUGAAAGAAUCGGACUGGGCAAAUGCCCGCAAAGCCGUAGAAAAGCCAUGCUUGGAUAUCAUCGUCAAGUGGCGAGGAGAUGAAGAGACUGGCCGUGAUCAGUUGGACGAGAUUCUCCGGGAAGUAAUUGAAAUAUCAGAUACUGAAACCGAUAGCGAGGAUGAGAAGAGUAGUCCAGAUAAUACGCGCAUUCAAGUUCCUCGGACAAUGCGUACAGCAGUCAUUCCAAGCAGGGCAGUAUCGCGACUCUCCCGUCCCCUUAACGACCCCUCUGGCGUGAGCAGACAGACAAGUAGCCCUGUCCUUGCAAGUCCACGUACACCAUCUGGAGUGCGUAAGCUUGCGAAGGCCGAUAGGAGAACAGCCCGCAAGACUCAGCAACGAUUCAAGCGAUAUGCUGCUGCUGCUGAAGCCCUCGCAAACUCUUCUGGCCAGAACGUUCAUCCGGAGAGCCCUAGCACGCCUGGAUUUGUAGCCACGCCCGUGGAGGUUGUUAGACGUCAAGGUUCAGCUCACCCAGUAAACACAUACCAUACAGUUCCAGGGGCAACCGUGCAGGAAGCGUAUGUUACGAGGAUCUCCAAUGGACAUGCAGAUAGUCAGAGGAUACCUAUUUCUCAGUCUAGCGGCCUGAGUCAAGACAGAACAGUCAUGAUGCCUCACAUCGCUUCGGAUGCUCGUGUCCAUGGUGGCACCGAGCAAUUCAUUCGCGUCCCUGACGAUCAGCGGCCCAAAGUUGGGCCCUACUCUGCAAACUAUAGUCAGGCUCCAGCACCUUCUUUGUCACCAAUAAGGAUGAGUUUAAAGGAUAUGCUGCUACCAUCUAUUGAACCUAGAUCCCCGGAUGUUGUACGCGCAUCGCUGGACGCAACUCAUAGGGUACCCAACGAGGCUCAGCGACCCACAGAAGUUCCACGUCGAGUAAUUUCUCGUACCAUUGUUGAGCCUGCUAUGCCUCAUCCUCGCCCUCGAUCUCCAGGGGUCAUGGCUAAUGAGCACGAAGAUGCUGCAAAGCGCCGUCGCGUUAUAACUUAUUUCCCCGAGGAUUACCAAAAGUCUUCGGAUUCCUUUUAUGUGCGUGUAGCUCCUCGAAGCCAGCAUGAUGCUUCACGCUAUUCUCGGCUUGAGUAUCCUGCAGAUCGACGGCCUGCGGCCCCGGGUGCCACAGAGCGUGUUUUGUACAAGGAUAUUCCGCGAGGACCACUCGCGCAGGAUGUUAGGGUAUUUCAAUCGGAGGACGGCCAUGGUAGAUUGAGAGGCCACCCAACCCCAGUGACCAGGGAUGAACUGCCCUUGAUUGGCGCAACAGCCCCGGGUGGUAUAUAUCAGAACAAUAUGAGGAUGCCUGUUGGUCCGGAGUAUGAAGCGCCUCUUAGGUCGAGGGCUAAUCCCGUUGUUAUCGAUGGGGACGGUCGCUAUGAGCCUCGCCGUGUUGUUGAGGUGCGGGGCUCGCCUGCCCAUGAUAUCUAUAGAACAACUUCUCCAAGAGGAAGUGCUGUUCAUAGUCCUGGUGUUCAAGGAGAUCCUCGCACCAAGGGUUCCCCAAGAGUGGUCUACCUCGAUAACUCUACUAGCCGCAUUGGAAGCAAUUCAGGCAGUCGUCAUCACAUUGCUUCUCAAAAUCAGCCUGGCUUACGCGCUUACGAAGGGCCUCGGCCCCUAUCUCCCGGAGUGUCGCUACAUCCUGUACAUCAACCUCGUGCAGAACAGCCUCUACGAUACGCUGUUCCUUUUGAUAGGGAAGGUGCUCGGCCUAUCGAACCAGAACGAAACGCAUCAGCUUGGCCUGGUACUGCAUCCGUAAGGAUUCAAGCAUCGUCACAAGAGACUCCAAGAAUUGAUAGAUUCACAGGGCUACAACAGCACCCAAGUGUGCUGCCGCAACAACCCAGGAGUGAUGUUGUUUAUCAAGGUCUCAGACCUGAUGCUACUAGGCCGGCCGCUGUAGGAUAUGAGAGAGCGGCUCAACAACCGUUUCCAGUUCAUCCGGCUCCAAGCAGCUACGUCGAAAUUCGAGGUCCGUCGCCACACCGGCGUAUACCCGAUCAUCGUGAUAUGAUAUAUGUUGAGUAA